AUGUUGCGUAAGGAUUUUUGUUAUCACCAGAUAGUUGAUAGCAGUGCUCAUUUUUGCGCUUUAAUGGUUUUAACGCUGAAAGUCAUUUCGUGCGCAAUAAACUACAGUGAUGGUAUCUUGAAGGAAGAGGGUUUACGCGAUGCUCAGAAAAAAUACCGACUGACUAAGCUUCCUUCUCUAAUUGAAUAUUUUGGGUAUUGUCUCUGUUGUGGGAGCCACUUUGCUGGACCGGUAUAUGAGAUGAAAGAUUAUCUUGAAUGGACUGAAGGGAAAGGAAUAUGGGCUAGCCCAACUCCUUCCCCAUUGUUACCUACUUUGUGUGCUCUAGUUCAGGCUGGUAUAUGCAUGGGGUUAUAUUUAUACCUGUCACCUAAAUUUCCACUCUCACGGUUUAGUGAGCCCCUAUAUUAUGAAUGGGGUUUCUGGCACCGACUCUUCUAUCAGUACAUGUCAGGCUUUACUGCUCGUUGGAAAUAUUACUUUAUAUGGUCAAUUUCUGAAGCCUCAAUUAUCAUAUCUGGUCUGGGCUUUACUGGUUGGUCGGAAAUUUCUCCUCCAAAAGCCAAAUGGGAUCGUGCAAAAAAUGUUGAUGUAUUAGGUGUUGAAUUAGCUGGAAGUGCAGUUCAAUUGCCCCUUGUGUGGAAUAUUCAAGUGAGCACAUGGCUACGAUACUAUGUCUAUGAGAGGCUAAUUCAGCAAGGAAAGAAACCAGGUUUCCUUCAGUUGUUGGGUACACAGACAGUCAGUGCCAUCUGGCAUGGACUGUAUCCUGGAUAUAUCUUUUUCUUUGUUCAGUCAGCAUUGAUGAUAAAUGGUUCACGAGUUAUAUACAGAUGGCAGCAAGCAGUGAGCAGUUCAUUCCUCCGCGGUAUCCUGGCUUUUCUAAAUUUUGCUUAUACAUUGCUGGUGCUUAACUACUCCUGCAUCGGGUUCCAGGUACUGAGCUUCAAAGAAACCCUGGCAUCCUACCAGAGCGUAUAUUAUGUUGGCACAAUUGUUCCCAUUGUGUGUAUCCUGCUGGGCAAUGUUAUCAAGCCAGCAAGGAAAGCAAAGGCUCGGAAGACCGAGUGA